UGCGCGCGGUGGAGCUCUGAGGGCUGCUGUGAAUUUGGAGGAGGGAUGCUGCUGCCAAUUUCUGGGACCACGGCUGCGAGGAGUGGGCGUGGCUUCGGCUGUGUGGAUGCUUGUUAGAAAAGAUGCUGGGCGCUUUUCAGUGAGCAGUCAGGGCUGUGGUGUGUGUGUUUGUGUGUGUGAGAGAGGGAGAGGGAGAGAGACUGAGAGAGAGAGAGAGAGAGAUUGGGAGGGAGAGAGAGAGGGAGGGAGAGAGAGAGAGAGAGGGAGGAAGAGAGAAGGGAGGGAAGGAGAGAGAGAGAGACUGAGAGACCCAGAGGUGCUGAAGACCCAGACAGAGCUGGGAGAGGGACUGAGAGCAGGACUGGAGCGCUCGGAGAGCCACUCAAGAUCCUUUGCGGGAGCCCAAUAAAUGUGAACAUGGGGUCUAUCACCAGAGCUGUCCUCAAGACGCUACUUCUGUUAUCUACUCCAAACUGGAACAAGGUUUUAGCUGGAAAUUCCUAUAAUUGUGAUGACCCUCUGGUGUCUGCCUUGUCUCAGGCAUCCUUUAGCAGUUCAUCUGAACUCUCUAGCAGCCAUGGUCCUGGAUUUGCAAGGCUAAAUCGAAGAGAUGGAGCUGGUGGCUGGUCUCCACUUGUGUCAAACAAAUACCAGUGGUUGCAGAUUGACCUCGGAGAGAGAAUGGAGAUCACCGCUGUGGCCACUCAAGGGGGAUAUGGGAGCUCCAACUGGGUGACCAGCUACCUCCUGAUGUUCAGUGACAGUGGCAGAAACUGGAAGCAGUAUCGGCAAGAGGACAGCAUCUGGGGAUUUUCAGGAAAUGCAAAUGCAGACAGUGUUGUGUACUACAGACUCCAGCCUUCUAUCAAAGCCAGAUUUCUGCGCUUCAUCCCUUUAGAGUGGAACCCCAAGGGCAGAAUUGGAAUGCGAAUUGAGGUGUUUGGAUGCGCAUAUAGAUCAGAGGUGGUUGAUCUUGAUGGAAAAAGUUCCCUUCUCUACAGAUUUGAUCAAAAAUCCCUGAGCCCCAGAAAGGAUAUAAUUUCUUUGAAAUUUAAAACCAUGCAGAGUGAUGGGAUUCUACUCCACCGGGAAGGGCAAAGUGGAGAUCACAUCACACUGGAAUUAAGAAAAGGAAAACUCUUUUUACUUAUUAAUUCAGGUGAAGCUAAGCUGCCCUCCACACACACCCCGAUCACCCUCACCCUGGGCAGCCUGCUGGACGACCAGCACUGGCAUUCUGUGCUUGUCCAGCACUUGGGCAAACAAGUCAACUUUACGGUGGAUGAGCACAGGCAUCUUUUCCACGCCCAGGGAGAAUUCAGUUACCUGCAUCUUGAUUAUGAGAUCAGCUUUGGAGGGAUUCCAGCACCUGGAAAAUCUGUGUCAUUCCCCCAUAAAAAUUUUCAUGGCUGUUUAGAAAAUCUCUAUUUCAAUGGAGUGGAUAUCAUUGAUUUGGCCAAGCAGCAAAACCCACAGAUCAUCGUCACGGGAAAUGUGUCGUUUUCCUGUUCACAACUGCAGUCUGUGCCUGUGACUUUUCUGAGCCCCAGGAGUUACUUAGCACUGCCAGGCUCUUCCAGGAAGGACGAGGUUUCUGCCACUUUUCAAUUUCGAACCUGGAAUAAGGCAGGGCUUCUGCUGUUCUGUGAGCUUCCGCUGGUUUCAGGGGGUCUCCUCCUUUUUCUUAAUGAUGGAAAACUUAAGCUGAAUUUCUACCAUCCAGGAAAACUAUCCAGUGACAUCACAGCAGGCGCUGGAUUAAAUGAUGGGCAAUGGCAUUCCAUCUCCUUAUUUGCCAAAAGGAAUCACCUGAGUGUGGUGGUGGACGGCCAAGUGGCUUCUGCUGCUCCUUCCCUGGGCCCUGAGCAGAUUUUUUCAGGUGGCACCUAUUAUUUUGGAGGUUGUCCUGACAGCAGCUUUGGAUCCAGCUGUAAAAGUCCAUUUGGUGGAUUUCAGGGAUGUAUGAGGCUCAUUUCUAUCAGUAACAAGGUGGUAGAUUUGAUUUCAGUUCAGCAGGGGUCCCUCGGGAACUUCAGUGACCUUCAGAUAGACUCAUGCGGAAUCACAGACAGGUGUUUGCCCAACUAUUGUGAACACGGCGGCGAAUGCUCCCAGUCCUGGGACACUUUUCACUGCAACUGUGCAAACACUGGUUACACGGGAGCUACUUGCCACAACUCUAUCUAUGAGCAGUCAUGUGAAGCCUAUAAGCAUAAAGGAAAUACUUCAGGAUUUUACUAUGUAGAUGCAGAUGGAAGUGGGCCCCUGGAACCAUUUCUUCUAUAUUGCAAUAUGACUGAAACUGCGUGGACCAUCAUACAGCACAACGGCUCUGACGUUACAAGAGUCCGAAAUACCAGUCCAGAGAACCCGUACGCUGGGUUUUUCCAGUAUGUGGCCAGCAUGGAGCAACUCCAGGCCGCAAUUAACCGUGCGGAGCACUGCGAACAGGAGCUGACCUACUACUGCAAGAAGUCACGGCUUGUAAAUAAGCAAGAUGGAAGCCCUCUGAGCUGGUGGGUUGGAAGAACCAAUGAAACACAGACUUAUUGGGGAGGUUCUUUGCCUGAUCUUCAAAAAUGUACUUGUGGAUUAGACGGGAGCUGCAUUGAUUCUCAGUAUUACUGCAACUGUGAUGCUGACCGGAACGAAUGGACCAAUGACACUGGAUUCCUUUCUUAUAAAGAACAUCUGCCAGUAACAAAGAUUGUGAUUACAGACACCGGUCGACCGCAUUCAGAAGCAGCUUAUAAACUCGGGCCUCUGCUCUGCCGAGGAGACAGGUUAUUUUGGAAUUCGGCUUCCUUCAACACUGAGGCUUCAUAUCUUCAUUUUCCUACUUUCCACGGAGAACUUAGUGCAGACGUGUCUUUCUUUUUUAAGACAACAGCUUCAUCUGGGGUAUUUUUAGAGAACCUGGGCAUUACCGACUUUAUACGGAUAGAGCUACGAUCUCCUGCAGUUGUGACCUUUUCAUUUGACGUGGGGAACGGGCCUUUUGAAAUCUCCGUGCAGUCACCCUCUCACUUCAGUGACAACCAGUGGCACCACGUUAGGGUUGAGAGGAACAUGAAGGAGGCGUCCGUUCAAGUGGAUCAGCUCCCGCCGAAGACGCAGCCUGCUCCUGCUGACGGGCACGUCCUCUUGCAGCUCAACAGUCAGCUCUUCGUGGGUGGAACGGCCACCCGACAGAGGGGCUUCCUGGGAUGCAUCCGGUCUCUGCAGUUGAACGGAGUGGCCCUGGACCUGGAAGAAAGAGCCACGGUGACUCCGGGAGUGGAGCCAGGGUGUCGAGGGCACUGCAGCAGCUACGGGAAGUUGUGCCACCACGGCGGGAGGUGCAGGGAGAAGCCCCGCGGGUUCUCCUGUGACUGCACCUUGUCCGCGUACACGGGGCCCUUCUGCUCGGACGAGAUUUCUGCCUAUUUUGGAUCUGGCUCAUCUGUGAUUUACAAUUUUCAAGAAAAUUACUCCUUAAGUAGAAAUUCCAGCUCCCACGCUGCUUCGUUUCACGGCGAUACGAGGCUAAGCAGAGAGACGAUCAGGUUUAGCUUCCGCACGACGCGGACGCCAAGCUUACUGCUCUACGUGAGCUCCUUUUAUAAAGAGUACCUUUCAGUCAUCAUCGCCAAAAAUGGGAGUCUGCAGAUCAGGUACAAGCUAAACACUUAUCAAGAACCCGAUGUUGUUAACUUCGAUUUCAAAAACAUGGCGGAUGGGCAGCUUCACCACGUAAAGAUCCGCAGAGAAGAAGCAGUGGUGUUUGUGGAGAUUGACGAGAAUGCGAGGAGACAAGUCCACCUGGCAUCAGGUACAGAAUUCAGUGCGGUCAGAUCUCUUGUUCUGGGCCGGAUUCUAGAACACAGCGAUGUAGACCAGGACACGGCGCUGGCCGGCGCGCAGGGCUUCCUGGGCUGUCUCUCUGCGGUGCAGCUCAGCCACGUGGCCCCGCUGAAGGCCGCUCUGCACCCCAGCCGCCCAGCCCCUAUCACCGUCUCAGGACAUGUUACGGAGUCCAGCUGUGUGGCCCAGGCUGGCACUGAUGCCACAUCAAGGGAGAGGACACACUCCUUUGCAGAUCAUUCUGGGACAAGAGAUGACAGAGAACCCCUCACUAAUACAAUCAGAAGUGACUCUGCGGUGAUUGGAGGUCUGAUCGCUGUUGUGAUCUUUAUCUUGCUGUGCAUCGCUGCCAUCGCUGUUCGCAUUUACCAGCAGAAAAGGUUGUACCAGAGAAAUGAGGCAAAAAGGUCAGAGAAUGUGGACAGUGCUGAGGCUGUUUUGAAAAGUGAGCUUAAGAUACAAAAUACAGUCGGUGAAAAUCAGAAAGAGUACUUCUUCUGAUUGGCAGCGAUGAUUUACCUUAUAAUUCCAGCAGUCCGAUUUAAUCGCCAGGGCGCUCAACAGACAAAAAGACAUUCCUUCACUGAAUGUAUGGGCAGUGGGGUUGCAGCCCUGCCACGUUGCCAUGUCAGACUCGAGGUGGCCCGGGAGCCUCCUCCGGUGACAUACUCCCCCUAGCAGUCACUCUGUAUACCAAGGAGUGAGAUAUUGCUGCUGAUUUCUAACUGUCCUGAUACGAUCUAAAACGGAAAUUUAAUUCGCUUGAUAACUACAGCUUUUCAAUGUGAAAACUGUAGCACUGGUCUCUCAAACACGUGAUACGUAAGUUUUGUUAGAGGUAAAAAUCAAAAUUGAACUAUAAUGACCUUGCUUUAUUUGAGAACAUACGCUGUGUUUGCUUUCGUGUCCCCCUGGUGUUGUUCACAGACCUGGAAAUGCUUCUAAGAUCCCAUUUGGCUGGUGUUUGCAUCUUAAGUGGCCAAAAGUAUACAACCCCCUUUGCCUUUCUCUGUGUUGCAUUCAAUACAAUUUAUCACUAGUCUCGAAAGAUGUUUUGUUGUCACUGGUUUGUUUGUAUUGCUCUUUUUCUAUUUGACUCUUCUUAAUGAUUUUGAAAACAUUAGGUUUUGAGUGUCAGACUCCAGCUCUGACCAUAAAACUCAUAUGUGACAGCAUUAGAAAGUGCAUUGGUCAUCAGUAUAUGAUGUCUUGUCUUUGAAAUGUUUUUCUGUUUGGUUUGCUAUCAUGGCUCGGUACUGGCAGCAGUUAAGACCCCGGGUAAUGCCAGUUUCCCAAAGAAUGUGAAAUGUUUGCAACUAAACUUGUUGGUGUAAAAAACACAAUUCUGAACACUGCAAAGAAUUAUUUUUAUUUACAACUGUAAUAUCUCAAAUGAAGUAUACUUCUGAGAAUAUUUUCCCCAAACCUAUGUCAGCUUUCUUUACAGGUUUGUAAUUCUGUUUUUCUAAAGUUUAUCACCAACUUUCCUUUAAUCUCCCUUGACUAUAUUCCAUGGAGCAUCUUCUUACGGAGUAAAAAAAAGACUAAUUUGAAGUGUGGCGCUCUGUUCCCCACUCUAAACUACAUCCCCUCUUUGGGCGUUUAUUUUGCUGUGCACUCACCUCCAGGACAUACUUUUUGAAAUGUAAGCUGCAGUCACGUCCCCUUUUUGCAAAACCAGUAGUUAUUGAAGAAUGCUCAUCUUAAGGGGUAAUGACGUAUUAUAGAUCCUAUUCUAAGUCUGUCAUUCUAGUUGCUUCUCAUUUACAAUGAUGGGGUAAAUUUUUCAAAAAGUACCCAAAUCAAUGUAACUUACUAACUAGUACAUUCUGAUUAGGGGGUAGAUACAUACCAGAAGAUCAGAGAACACUGGUAAUUCAUAAAGUUAGUAACUUUAUGAACCUGUUGUGAUAGUUAUCUUUGCGGCCAUGUAAACACGAUGCUUGCAUUUGGCUAUAUUUAAAGUCCACAAACAAGUCAGUUCAAUAAUAAGCGCACUUCGGCAUUAACACUCCCGCUUUCCAGGUGUCUGCUGAGGGAAAACCGGAUUCCUUGGUUUGUCCACACCAGAACCACUUGAAAACAUGUACGUUAAACAUACUUUCUCCUUAUUUUCCCUCUUAACUCUCUUUACAAAACCUGCCUGUCUUUCCCCAAAGCGCUAUCUCCAUUUUGAUGUUUCUGUAAAUGUGAAUCUUAAGGAUAUGAGUUAACAGUAGUUUAUGAAGGACCUCUGUGGAUAAAUGGCAUUUUGUUCUUCAUUGAAAGGCUUGUGGUAGCUCUCAGAGGAUUGUACAGAGAAAUGGUAGUAGUUUCCAUUUGAUGAAAAGCUGAAUACAGACAGCGUAACAGCCCCGAAUCUUUUAGAGGUGUUCUUGUCAUUCAGCAGCAGAGUUACCCCAGUGGGAGCUGAAGGCAGACGGGUGUGUAGGUCGCACUGCGGGCCGCACUGCUGGGACCUGCAGCGCGGUGCCAUCAAAGCGUGCCGGCACGUUGUAUGCUAGGACUUUCACUCCCUGAUUUGUAAUCUGUUCCUUCUUCUUUUCUUAAUAAAAUGCAUUUUUGAAGUAAAAUGCAGAAUAUAUUUUGAAAUGUUGUAUAAAAAUUUAAAAUGAGGGAAUUAUACUGGACCUUUUUUUCUCAAAACAGUAAAAAGAUGUGUCGAUGUAUGCCUUCUUUACUGGUGUGUGUGUUUUUUUAAACCUUUUGAUACCUCCCAUGAUUAUUCUGAACUGUUAACAAAAGCUGCAUGUAUAAUGUAUUUUUCCUUUUACGUGGACUCAGA